GAUAGUUGAGAGAUUUUUCAUAAUUUUGGUGGAAAUGGUGUAAUUUGCAUUGUUAGAAAUAGUGAAUCUGUGCCUACUCUUUGAUACUGUGCAUUCUUAGUGCUCCCAAGAGAUCUCUUUCCGGCCAUGGAGACCGACGUUUCUCCAAACAAGGGGCGAGAGAAGAGACCAAAUUGCUUUACAAUUUACAAUGAAAUUCUCAGCUAACCCACUCGCUCUGAGCGUCCCAGACGCUGCCUUCGAAUCAUGGCUUCGCGACUCCGGCUACCUCGAAAUCCUCGACCACCGCUCCUCCUCCUCCCCCUCCUCCACCGCAACCACUACCACCGUUUCUGCCACCUCCAGCACUCCCGCCACCGCCACAAUAACUGGUGGAUUUUUCGUUUUUCUCUUCUCCCGUAUCCUUACCCUUCUCUCUCUAUUUACUCUUAACCCGCUCUCUAAGCUCACUACCGAUGAUUUCUCCGGUCAAACACCCUCCUGGACCUGCGCUUUUUUAGGGGACUGUGGGUCCUAUUCCUUCCCUUCCGGUACUGACCAGGCCAGGCUCCGUGUUCAUGAGAAUGUUAAGCGUUAUGCUAGGAACUACGCCUCUCUUUUUAUCCUCUUCUUUGCUUGCACUCUGUAUCAGAUGCCACUUGCUCUCAUUGGCUUGAUAUCAAGUUUGGCACUUUGGGACAUUUUCAAGUUCUGCAGUGAUAAAUGGGGAUUGGAUCAAUACCCUGUAACUAGGCAGGUUUUGCUUCGCACUGCUCAAUGUGCAACUGCCGUUAUUCUUAUUUGUUUAAACGUUCAAAUGGCUCUCUUCUGUGCCCUUGGUGUGAGCUAUGCAGUUAUGAUUUUGCAUGCUGCAUUUCGGAAGCUGACACCAGCAAAACUACCUUCUAGGCAAAGAUAAAAUGGGAUAAAUUUUUCAAAAUAGGCAGAGAGAUUAUUUGGUAAUUCGGCUUCAAGUGGAGAUACUCACCGCGAGAGAACAACAGGUCCUGUCCAUUCUGAUGUCAAAGGUCUAUUAAUCUUGCAGAUGGCAGUGGCCAGUAAAGCACUGUGACAAUCCAUUAUAUAGUUCCAAGUUCACUUGUACUGUGAAAUUACAAAUUAUUGAUUAUAUAUAAAUAUUUUUGUCUCUGUAGUAUCAGGUGUGGGGAAAAGCCUUGGAAACUAAAACAGUUUGGUACAUUAUCGUGAGAUAGCCUAGCCUCAUAAGAAUGCUUUACUGCUGCUCUAAUGAAGAUUGAAAUUAUGAUCCUAUGUAAUGCUGCAUUCUUGUUUAUAUGAUGGAAUUGCUUUUGAAGCUCCAA